CAGUACCCGGCGGUGAUUUGGAUCAGCCACUUGUGUGAGCUCCCAUCCAGUUCUAAUUCUAUUAUCCUGAAUCCGAAACUCAAGGAUCAAGUUUCGCAGUGUCGAGUGCUUGUGCCAAACUAAUGCCAAAGUAAUCAAAGCUAAACGCAUUAAAGCGACCGACGACUCAACGCGGCUGGAAGUCAAUAAAAGUAAACUACAUAAAAGCAACUUGCGGUCCCGGAAAUAAUGUCCACCACUGCCGAGUCUAUUGGAGGGGGACUGGGGGAAGUUGCCUCCGUCCCGGCAUCCCGUCCCAUUCCUACUAUCGUGGCCGAUGCCAUUGUGAAGACAGCGGCCGUAAUUAGCAGCACAGUCUCUCCAAGCUCAACAACUGGCGCCUCUCCGGCCACCUCUACAACUACCACGACCACGCCCUCGCCCUCGUCCUUGUCGGCGGCCAUCUCCACUCCCACGCCCACUCCCGGCCAGUCAUUCAGCCCCCCUGGGGGAAAUGAGGAUGGGAAAAUCAGUGUGAAGGAUUUGAGCCAGGCCCUGCAACAUUUCGGAACUGUUGAUUACUUGGUCUUCGUGGCCAUGUUGGCGGUAUGCGCCGUUAUUGGCGUCUAUUUCGGUUUCAUCGAAAAGAAGCAGAAGAAGCAGAAGCUGAACGGCAAGGAUGGGGCUGGAGCGGCGGGCAUCGAGGAGCGACGUGGCUCAGAGGCGCUGGACUACCUGGUGGGCGGACGCCAAAUGAAAGUGUUUCCGGUCGCGCUGUCACUUGUGGCCAGCUUCGUGUCGGGCAUCUCGCUUCUGGGAACUUCGACGGAAAUUUACGUCUACGGCACCCAGUACGCCUUCAUCCUGGUGACCCUGGCCAUAUCGGGAACCAUUUCGUGGUACAUCUUCCUGCCCGUUUUCUGCAACCUGCAGCUGACAUCCACCUAUGAGUAUUUUGAGAGACGUUUCAGCCGGCGAAUGCGUUUGUUCGGAGCUAGCUUGUUCGUCCUGAAGGCGAUCAUAUGGCUACCCAUUGCCGUUUACGUUCCGGCCUUAACCUUCAACCAGGUAUCUGGAAUUGGAAUACAUACCAUAACCCCCAUUGUGAUCAUCAUCUGCACCUUCUACACCUGCGUGGGCGGUCUCAAGGGCGUUGUCUACACGGAUGUGGUUCAGAGCGUUAUCAUGUACGGGUCCUUGGUCAUCAUCAUGAUCAAAGGAACCUUGGAUCUUGGGGGCCUGGAUGUUGUUUUGCAGCGCAAUUCGGAAGGCGGUCGACUUAAUACCCCCGAGUGGACCAUGGAUCCUACUGUUCGGCUGAGUGUGUUUUCAGUAUUUGUUGGGGGAACUAUCUUCAAGCUGCAGAGCACUUCCAUUAACCAGGCUACGGUCCAAAGGUUCAUGUCGCUGCCCACACUGAAGUCCAUCAAGCAGACCCUAAUCACCUUCUCCAUUGGACUGACCUUGUUGUACUUGGGUUGUGUAUAUGUCGGCUUGGUUUGCUAUGCCACCUAUUUCGAUUGCGAUCCCAUGUCCACAGGACUGGCUGGCCGUCGGGAUCAAUUGGUGCCUCUCCUGGUGAUGCGAGUCCUGGGAGUUGUACCUGGACUGCCAGGACUCUUUGUGUCGGCCGUGUUCAGUGCCGCCUUGAGCUCUUUAUCCACGCUCCUUAACUCCUUGGCCGCCGUAAUCCUGGAGGACUUUGUGAAGCCGCGCAUGGGAAAGGCCAUGCAGGAGCGCCAUGUGGCACUCACCAUGCGCCUGGUGGUGGUGACCUUUGGCAUAAGCUCCAUCUUCAUGGUGUAUGUGGUGGAGAAACUGGGCAUGGUCCUGCAGCUGUCGGCCACCCUCCAAUCGAGCUUGUAUGGUCCAAUGCUGGGUAUAUUCACGGUGGGCAUGCUAAUGCCGUGGGUGGGCGAUAAGAGCAUUUUUGCUGGAAGCAUAAUAUCCUUCCUCACCAUGGCCUGGAUUGCUGUGAAUGCCCAAAUCGCAAACAUAACCGGCACCUUCCAGCACACCAAACUGCCCGUUUCCGUGGAGAAUUGUGAAUACGACUUUGACAUGAGUCGCUACUUGAACUCAACAGCCGAAUACGAGCCCCACAAAGGAACCUCAGUGUACCACAUGUCCUUCUUAUUGUACGCCAUGCUGGGCUCCAUUUUGACAAUUGUCUUUUCAAACCUGGCCACCUUAGUUUAUGGACGUCAGGAUAUCAGGGAUGUGGACGAAAAUUUGCUGGCUCCGUUUGUUCAACGUUAUUUCCGUAAAAAGAACUACUAUUACGAAACGGUGGAGCUCAAGACUGCUAAUGUCAUGAAAGUUUCGGAGACUUCCGAUUAAGUGUUUGGAAGAUAC